AUCGUCUACUUAAUCUAGCAGUUCUUCUCCUCGGUUAUUGUGGCUCCAAUCACUGUUGGACACAUCGAAACAAAGGUCUUCAAUGUCUCUGAAUGUUCUACGAUUCUGUCUAUCUACGGCCCUACCAUGAUCUUGGUACUUCCUUCACUGUCUGGGAAAUUCUUACAGGCAUAUAUGGCAAUGUAUUCCACACGACAACGUGCUGCACAUGGGUCUCCGUUCUAAAUGGGCAUCUUCGUACCAUAAAUGGAGGGGGAAGACGUGAUGUGGAUGCCGUAUACUUAUGCGUCGGAAGGGAUCACCCAAGAAUCGCAAUCUUGCUAUAGGACGACGUGCAAAGUCGUAGCCCAGUCGCACGGUUUGCGUGCGUAUACAUAAGAGUCACCGCUCGUUCGUGCAAUGCGAGUGUGCUUGUCAGUUCUUUGAGCACCUUGUUCAGCAACGUGGCUGCGAUGGCUCCUCUAUCGGGCCUGCAUAUAUGGACUUUAUUGGUUCUUUCCGCUUGUCUGGUGGCCCUUGGUAGUUCUGCUGCAACAGAUAGCGGUAGAGUCCGGUUGAAGGAGCGGGUCUCGCAUCCUCGAGGAUGGCUGAAAGGCAAACGCGCUCCAUCGGGACACAUCCUGGAACUCAAGAUAGCUCUUCCUCAACCGUCUUUUCAUGCGUUGGAAAAACAUUUGUAUGAGGUCAGUGAUCCCGGGCACGUCAGAUACGGACAACAUCUGUCAAAGGAAGAAGUGGAAGCACUCGUCGCGCCGCACGCCGAUAGCAUUGCAUCCGUAGAUGAAUGGCUGGCCUCUCAUGGCAUCAACACCGAUGAACUCAUUCGCUCUCCUGCACAAGACUGGGUGACGGUGCGAGUCCCGGUCGCUUUGGCAGAGGCUAUGCUGAACACAGAAUACUAUCUCUGGACCCACGAAGCAAGUGGGGAUACUAGUGUACGAACGCUCGAAUACAGCGUCCCCGAAAGUGUCCUUGAACAUGUUGAAUUGGUUCAACCGACCACUAUGUUCGCUCGCAUGAAAAAGCAAAGGACGACGUUCCGAUGGUCUGCCAAUCAAGACGUUACGGCAACGGCUAACAAUUCGGUACUUGACCUACCCAACGGUGUUCACGUAGACGCCAGUUGCAACACAACUGUUACAGUCACCUGCCUGAAACAGCUCUACAACGCGGUUGGGUUUAAUACGUCAGCGAAGAUUGGCAACCAGAUUGGCAUAACCGGCUAUCUCGAACAGUUCGCGAAUAUUGCUGAUCUCCAACUGUUCUACGCCGAUCAGAGGCCCGACGCCCUGAAUUCGUCAUUCCAAUUUAUAUCGGUAAACGGUGGCCAGAACUCACAGAACAUUUCCGAUGCUGGUGUAGAGGCAAAUCUCGAUACCCAAUUCGCUUUCGGCCUUACCUUCCCAACGCCUUCAAUAUUUUACUCGACAGAGGGCAUGCCUCCGUUUAUCCCUGAUGUAGGCUCUCCGACAAACACGAACGAGCCAUACACAAAAUGGCUCGACUUCGUACUCGCUCAGAAGAACCCGCCUCAGACUAUCUCAACGAGUUAUGGAGAUGACGAGCAGACAGUACCCAGAAGCUUUGCUCAACGAGUUUGCAAUGGAUUCGCUCAACUUGGAGCCCGUGGAGUAACUCUCACAUUCAGUUCCGGCGACGGCGGCGUGGGAGACGGUGAUCCUGAUCCUGCGACGCAGCAGUGUUUUACCAAUGAUGGGCGCAAUGCGACUGAAUUCAUACCGGGUUUCCCGGCGAGUUGCCCCUUUGUCACGGCAGUUGGCGGGACCAUCUUCAUUCCUGAGGUAGCUGUGGAUUUCUCUGGAGGAGGCUUCAGCAACUUUUUUGCUCGCCCGAAGUACCAGGACGAAGUGGUCCAAGCGUACCUAGACGCUCUCCCAAAUGGAACAUAUGCAGGUCUCUUCAACCCCAACGGAAGGGCUAUCCCGGACGUCAGUGCCCUCGCAGACGACUUCAAAAUAUUCUUCCAAGGCCGCCCUGGCUUGAUUGGCGGGACGUCUGCGUCUUCGCCGGCGUUUGCAGCCUUCGUCAGCAUGUUGAAUGACGUUAGGCUGUCGAAUGGGAAACCGCCGUUGGGAUUCUUGAAUCCCUUCAUUUACUCUAUUGGCAAGGCGGGUUUCAACGAUAUAACUAUCGGGAACAACCCUGGGUGUGGUACACCAGGUUUCAAUACGUCCGUCGGUUGGGACCCAGUGACCGGUCUCGGAACACCCAACUUUGGGAAAUUGAAGCAACUCAUCUUGCUGUAAGGAUGUUCCUUGCGUUCUUCGUUUCUUAUAUCUUGGGAAAUCGCGAUAUGAAUGUAAAUCAUUGUGAUUUUUGCUUGUUGUAGGAGUGAUUUCAAUUCGCAAGGGCAUCAUGCAAAGCCUGAACAUACUGGCAUCCCGGAUCAUAAGAAUUAUUCAGAACAAGUGCAAGAGCAGGGACAAGGACAAGAGGAUGACUCUCAGCCGAACGAAGACAAUCGUGGAAACGAACGACG